UCGUCUGCAGCUCCCAGUUCUUGGGACCGUAGAUUAAAUCUUGCUCGCUGCCUGGCAGUAUGCUAGUGAUGAACAAAGUAGUUCUUCUUCAAUAUGAAUUAAAAAUAAAGUUAAAUCCUAAAAGCUGGCACAUCGAGGUGGCCUGAAACAAUGGGAACUGGAACAGUGCAAUACAGAUCGUUUUAAAACCCUUUAAAAUGGGCUCUUAGAAAGGAUGUUUUUUUACUGAAAAUGCCAAGUUGCCUUGCAUAUAACUAUAUAUACUAAAACUACUAAGAGUCACUGUUAAUAAAAAGUUUUUUUACGGUUCCAAAGCCAGUGAAUGCAAGUGAAACACUUUGCAUAACACAGUGGUUGCACAAUAUAGGUACACUGGAUUAAAUGUGGAAACAUUUACAUUUGGAAAAAAUAAAGUUGUAGGCAAAGAUCACUUCUAUCCUCGCUGCAUAAAAGAUGAUUUGAAAGGAUGCCUACCAGUUUUCACUCAAGUAGCUGUGCCAGCAAGAUCUACUCUGUAUCUAGUCCAGCAAAUGGUAUGGUGAACCAUUAACAUGGAAAGAGCUAGUGUUUGGAGCAGUUCUAACUAUAUUUAAUAGAAACUGGCAAGAAGGUGCAAGUAAUAGCUAUCAUAAAUGCUGUUGUGUUCUGCUGUUACAAUGGAGUGGUGUUUCUUGCAUAGGUUCAUGGGUUUAAGAAAAAAACUGCAAAUUGACGUUUCUUGUGGCAACUAGAGUAUAACCCCUUAACUAAGGUAUAAAAGAGUGACUGGCUUGAAAAAGGUAAAAAAAUCAAAUAAGUGCAUUGGAGUCAUCAUCAAAUUAAAUCUUUCUUAAGUUGCACUAAAUCACAAAUCCAAUUAUACCUCACCACAAAAGAUAAGUCAAAUUUAAAACGGUUAGUUCACAAACACAGUAUAAGGUAAUUGAGUCACAAAAAUACCGCACAUAUAGUGGGGUAUUUUCAUUUGACCAGUUGGGUCUAGAGCUAUACUUUCAAUAUUUUGUCUGAAAGUGUGCUGCAACAUGAACAUUUAUAAAGACAAAAAUUUCUCCUCAUCUUUUUCCACCAUUAUCUUUUUUAAUCACAUUUAUUUUUUAUUAUUAUGGUCCCUAGGUAAUUAUAUUCAAUUGAUUAUUAUCAAAAAAUCAUGUAUGUUAUUUAUAUUCCCUUAGGUCAUUAUUUUAUUUUAUUUCUUAUGCUCAUCUGAGAUAAUUGCUGUAAUUUUUUAUGUAAUUAUUCACUAGGCAAUUAUUUUUGUUUCAAUAUUUUUAUAUAAAUAGACACACUUUUCUUCACAUCAGUUGUAACAUGAGUUUCAAAGAGUACAUUUAUGAUCAAAGUCAAUUUUAUAACAUUUGUCAAAUCAACUUCAAACAAGUUUAAUUUAAAAUUUAUAUGCACUGGGUACACUCAGUACUAUUUACACUGACUACCUGUUUGAACAUAUUCACAAGUUACAAACAAGUCAAUUCUCAAUAACCCAGUCCGCAUUACAUUCAAACAGAAGUCAAAUUAUUCAAGGUGUUAAUACCAGCAAAUGAAGCUGUUGAUGUGUAACGUCCAAUGACAACACGAGGAAACAGGAUCAAUUAUAAUCUACUGAACAGUACAGGUCAAGUCGUUCCCCUCGAGGAAGAAGUUACUGCUCAAUUCAACAAUCUUUCACUUCACGAGCAAGCCAGUCUUUCGUUAUCACGUACAACAACCACACCAACCAUGGCUGAACCAAGCGAUGAUGCUAUUGACAUGAUGGUAUUAGCCCAGGACGCAAUGGACAUCAUCGACGAAAGCCCUAUCAAGGAUCUGGGUGCAGAAGAACUAAACAUCAUCAUUACCAAGCUGGAACAAAUCAGAAGCUCCAUUCGUAGAAAAGAGGUCAAAGUCAACAUCCAAAGGGAGCAGCUUGGAGAGGAUACGAAGAUCUCAGUCAAUCAAGCUAUCAUCUCGAUAAAGGAUUUUAUAAAAACGGUGAACGAUAUGAAGACAAAAGCAAGGCUUCAACAGCAGAUGGUCACCGUAAAUGAAACUAGACAUAAAGAGCAAGCCGUCACCUUUCUACUCAAAUGCACCAAUGCAGCCAUCAAAGAGCUAGAAAUCAUAUUCAACCAAAACGUUAAGACAGUUGACUCAAAUGAACUCUUACAGUUGAGAAAAGAUCUUCUGUCACAUAACACCAAGCUAGACAAGAUCAAGGACAACUACAAAGAAUGCCUUGAAACUACAUCAACCAAUGCUGGCCUGCUAACCGAUAUAAAAAAGACUGGUGAAAACUACAUGCAGCUCAAUGAACUGAAACAAACAUUUGUCAGCAACUUAAGUUCGGAGAUACGUAAAAGAGAGCUUAACAAACAUGCAGACUUCAAGAAAUCGAACCUCAACAUCAAACAACAGAAGUUCUCCGGAUAUGAUUCAAACAUUGACUACUAUACAUUCCGAAGCAAUUUCGACAAAAUGCACCUGUCAACAACACCAACAGAACUUCUGCCAGACUUGCUACGAAACAACUACCUGGCAGAUCCUGCACUAACAAUGGUCAAAAACAUUGACAACAUCGAUGACAUAUGGAAACGUCUCAAAGAGUCGUUUGGUGAUGCCAAGGUAAUGAUGACACAAAAAUUACAAAAACUGAAGAAUCUUGACUUCAACAAAAGGGAUCCCGAAAGGCUCAUUUCUAGCAUGAGCACACUCAUCAGCCUAAUGAAAGAAGUUGCAACGCUAGCUGAGAAGCACAAGAUAGAAGAAUACCUCUACUACGGCGAUACAAUCACAAGAAUCCAUCAACUCAUUGGUGAUCGACGCUCAACCACCUUCCUUGAACACAACUGUGAAGACAACCUCAGCCCAAAAGAAACUUGGCAGAAGUUGAUUGACUUUCUCAGCAAAGAGAGGAAAGUCAAUGAGCAGAAACGUCUCCUGAUCUUCAAGCAGUCUGAUGCACAUAAGAAAGAAGAAGCGAAGCAGUAUGGAGGCAAACGAAGCACCUUAUGCCACUGGAAUCAAGACACAAGCGAACCAAAAUGCUGCAUCUGCAAUUCACCUGACGGAACAUCAGACCACAUCUCAACAAACGGUCCAAGAGGAAGCAAGAUCAUGCAAUACUACACAUGCAAAUCAUUUGUUUUCAAAUCACCUGCUGAUCGACUCGAACUUCUUCAACAAAAAGGUUUCUGUAUGCAAUGCUUGUUCCCUGGAGCAGACGCAUCCUUUGGAAAACAUGCUGAAGGAAAGUGUCAACGUGACUUUGUAUGCACUCAUCCAUCACACCAGAGCGACAUCGUCAAAAGGCAUGUUCUGGUAUGCGAGGACCACAAGAUGUUACAGACGAACCAACAACUCGUGCAAACCUUUGUCAAACGAUUCAUCAAAAACCCAGCUUUACCAUCAUUUGCAAAAGACAUCAAGCUGUACAAAGCAACUAAUCAGCAAUGCAAUGAUCGUGGGGUGUAUCUUCUACAAGAAAUCAAAAUCAACGGCAGCAACCUACUCAUCUUCUACGAUACCGGUUGUAGUGAUUUUGUUAUUAGCAAGAAAGGCAUCCAGCUACUCGGAAGCAGAGUCAAGAAGAUAACAUCCGAACCAGUAACCAUCGGAGGUGUCGGAGAGUGUCAAGCGGAGUCGGAUGGUGUCUACAGCAUCACAAUCCCGUCACAUGAUGGCCAGGAAAUUGUAUUUUCUGGACCAUGCCUUGAUCAAAUUACGUCCAGAUUCCCAAGUUAUCCGCUGCAUGACGUUGAGAGGGACAUCGUCGACUUUCACAUAGCAAAAGGAAGAACAAAUCCACUUCCGAAGCUUCCACCAACCAUCGGCGGAGAAGUACACUUGAUGAUUGGGAUAAAGUACCUUCGUCACCACCCACAGAUGGUAACCCAAUUACCAUCUGGACUUACAUUGUAUGAAUCAAAGUUUAUAAACUCAUCAGGAGGAAGAGGCGUUGUUGGUGGUCCACACUACAGCUUCACGAAACUGCAUCAACAUUUUAACUCAACCAUGGCCACCACUGUCUUCUCAAGUCAAUACAACAUGAUGAGGAAUCAACCAAACGUUCCACUCUUGGGAUACAGUCAGUCACACAACCUGAAAGACCUACAUCCAUCAAACCUCACAGAUGCAUCAGUCCACAUUUCAACUACGAUGAGGGUCUUCGAGGAGGUUGAGGCUUCAGGCAGUGAAAUCGUAUACCGCUGUCCAAACUGCAGAGAUUGCAAGAUGUGUAAGCAUCCGUCAAACGAAAUCAUCAGCUGCAAAGAGGAAGUCGAACAAAGCAUCAUCAACUCUUCAAUUACAAUAAACUUCAAAAACAGCACCGCUACAGCACUUCUUCCAUUUGUUGCAGAUCCAGAAACAAGACUUGCCAACAACAGAUACAAGGCAAUGAAAGUCUACAUACAACAAGUUCGUAAGCUCAAUUUACCAAAGAAUCAGAAGGACAAGCAAGAUGUGCUUGAAUCGGAAGCCAAGUUGCAUCAGCUUGGUUAUGUCAAUUACGUGCGCAACCUUCCCCAAGAUAUUCAACUGCAACUUCAAAACGCAAAGAUGCAUUACUUCAUUCCAUGGCGAGCGGUUUGGAAAUGCAACUCAUUCAGCACUCCAUGUCGUAUCGUUUUCGAUGCAUCUCAGCCAACUGCAUCUGGAUUCAGCUUGAAUGAUGUUUUAGCCAAGGGUACGAACAAUCUAAAUAAACUGCAAGAAAUUCUCAUCCGAUGGUAUACCCGACCAGUUGCAAUACACACUGAUAUUAAGAAAAUGUAUAACACAAUCAAACUCGACAAGACUCAUUGGUGCUACCAACGCUACUUGUGGGAAAGCAACCUCACGCCAACAGUGGAGCCAGAAGAGAAGGUCAUCACAACCCUUAUCUAUGGGGUCAAGUCAUCAGGCAAUCAAGCAGAAUACGCCCUACGUCAGACAUCUGAAGCACAAACGGAACAAUACCCAGAAGUUCACCAAAUAGUGAAAAAUGACAUCUUUGUGGACGACUGCGUAUCUGGGGAGGACGACAUAGAAAGCGCCUACCGACGUGCUGACGAACUAGAACUUGUCCUCAACACUGGUGGUUUUCAACUCAAAGGAAUCGCAUUCUCCGGAGAAGACCCACCAAGCACACUCAGCGAAGAUGGAAAAACAAUCCAUGUUGGGGGCAUGGUAUGGUUUGCAAAAGAAGACAAGCUUGCACUCAACAUUGGUGAGCUAAACUUCAACAAGAAAGUCCGUGGGAAGAAACCGGAAGCAACAAUCAACCUAAUUCCUGCUAAACUCACUCGAAGACAUUGCGCAUCAAAGGUGGCUGAAGUUUUCGAUAUCACAGGAAAAGCAGCACCAAUUUUGGCAGCGAUGAAAAUUGACCUCCAAGAACUUGUUCAUCAAAACUUGACUGGGAUGACAUCAUUCCAGACAAUUUGCGUCCAAUCUGGGAAUCAAAUUUCAAAGUUAUCAAGGAGCUUGGUACCAUAA